GACGCGGCGGCGGCGGAGCCGGCCCCGCUGGGGAAGGGCUCGGGGCGGCGGCGGCGGCGGGCGGCCCGGAGGAGGCUGCGUGCUCGGGGCUGGGGCUGCGAGCGGGGUGACUGUGUAUUAAAAUGAGGAGGAGGAAGAAGAGGCAGCCACAGCGGCGGCGGCGGCAGCAGCAGCAGCAGCGGCGGCGGCAGCAGCGGCGCGGAGGGCUGCAGCCCGGCCGGACGCGCGGAGCCGAGCGGGGCGCGGCGGCGGCCACCGCGCCCGGGAGGAGUCCGCUCCGAAUUUGAUGGGGGCAGCGCCGGCGGCGAGGGGGAGAGCGGAGCGGCCCCGUCCGGGGACCCGCGCCCGCCCGCACGCACACACACCGCCGCGCGCGCGCCGCUCCCGGGGCCACCCGGCGACCGCCGGCCUCGUCGCCACCGCAGCAGCCGUGGCCGCCCUCUAGCCCGCCCGGGGGCCCAGGCGACUCCGGGGGGGCGCCUCCCCCCCCCUCCCCCUCCGCUUUCGGGAAACUCCUGCUCAGUUGUGUCGGGGUUUCUGGCUUCCUUUCCCCCCAAGUCCUAGUGCCAUUGUGGGGCUCGUUGUUUAUUUACCUCGGACUCCGGCUGAGUGAGAGCUCGGCGACUUUUUGGGGGGAGGGGGUGGGGAGUCGGUGGCGGCGGAGGCGGCUGGGGUGCCUUCCGAUCCCCCCUCCCCUCCCCCCAACCCUCUUCCUCGGCCUCACUCUCUCGGCUCCCCAGACGCUCGCAGCCCUGCGUCCAUGGGCAGGGAGGGGGUCCUCGGGGCUGUCGUCAGCGAGGGCCGAAUCAAAAGUGGCAUUUUAAUGCCUUGCCGGGGCUUUUUCCGCGACCUCCUGCCCCCCACCCUCGCGGCCCCCCGGUAGAUGCCCUGGUCGGGGGCGCGAGGCUGUGGGAAGAAAGUUGAAGGUUUGUUACUAUCAGGAGCAAUUGUUGGGGAGGGGGAGGGGGCGGGGGCGAUCGGAGGGGAGGCGAGCCGGCCUUCCCCUCCCUGCGUUCUCCGGGGUGCCUGGAGAAUAAGAUUACAAGUGACAGCCAGAAGUAGACUUUCUGUCCUCACACCGAAGAACCCCAGCGAGCAGGAGGGAGGGAGGGAAGCGAGGGGAACCUUUCUUGCCUUUCUGGAGACCUUGUCCCCAGUGAUUUUUUUUUUUUUUUUUUCUUUUUAAGAGAAUCCCCAGUCACCACCUCGCCUCCCCAGCACCGCCACAGUGUACUGCUCUUAACGGGUUUUGCUUUGUUUUUACGAUUCUCCCCCCGCGAACGAAUCACUUGUCAGAUCAAUUUUAUCUUCUCUCUCCUCCCACUCUCCCCUCCUCCCCCAUCGAAAACCCCGUUCUCUGAGGUUAGACAUUUUACAAACCAUAUAUGUUGUUUUUCGAAUUGUGAUUUUUUUUAAUUUAACCCCUCUCUCCCAUGGCUACUUUUCCAGACGUUUAUCGGCCCUUCCCCCGCUUAGGGGGGCGGGGGUAAGGGAAGAGAAAAUAAUACAAUUUCAGGGGAAGUCGCCUUCAGGUCUGCUGCUUUUUUUUUUUUUUUUUUAAUUAAAAAAAAAAAAAAAGGACGUAGAAAACAUCAUUCUUGAACUUCUCUUCAAGAACCCGGGCUGCAAAGGAAACCUCCUUUGUUUUUGUUAUUUAUAUGCUGUCAAGUUUUGAAGUGCUAUACUUGUAAAUUCUUGUUCUAAAAGUAAGCCCAUUCCCCCGCAGCCCCUCCCCAGUUAGUUUUGCUGGUGAUCUUUAGAGAGUAACUGAGUAUGGAUCAUUUGAACGAAGCAACUCAGGGGAAAGAACAUUCAGAAAUGUCUAACAAUGUGAGCGAUCCGAAGGGUCCACCAGCCAAGAUUGCUCGCCUGGAGCAGAACGGGAGCCCGCUGGGAAGAGGAAGGCUUGGGAGCACAGGUGCAAAAAUGCAAGGAGUGCCUUUAAAACACUCGGGUCAUCUGAUGAAAAGCAACCUUAGGAAAGGAACCAUGCUACCGGUUUUCUGCGUGGUGGAACAUUAUGAAAAUGCCAUUGAGUACGAUUGCAAGGAGGAGCAUGCAGAAUUUGUGUUGGUGAGGAAGGAUAUGCUUUUCAACCAGCUGAUUGAAAUGGCCUUGCUGUCUCUGGGUUAUUCGCAUAGCUCUGCUGCCCAGGCCAAAGGGCUAAUCCAGGUUGGAAAGUGGAAUCCAGUCCCACUGUCUUAUGUGACUGAUGCCCCUGAUGCUACGGUAGCAGAUAUGCUUCAAGACGUGUAUCAUGUGGUCACAUUGAAAAUUCAGUUACACAGUUGCCCCAAACUAGAAGACCUGCCUCCGGAACAGUGGUCCCACACCACCGUCAGGAACGCGCUGAAGGACUUACUGAAGGAUAUGAAUCAGAGUUCCUUGGCCAAGGAGUGCCCCCUCUCACAGAGUAUGAUUUCUUCCAUUGUGAACAGCACUUACUAUGCAAAUGUCUCAGCAGCAAAAUGUCAAGAAUUUGGAAGGUGGUACAAACAUUUCAAGAAGACAAAAGAUAUGAUGGUGGAAAUGGAUACUCUCUCUGAACUGUCCCAGCAAGGUGCCAACCACGUCAACUUUGGCCAGCAGCCGGUCCCAGGGAACACCGCGGAGCAGCCCCCAUCCCCCGCGCAGCUCUCCCACAGCAGCCAACCCUCUGUCCGGACCCCUCUUCCCAACCUGCACCCUGGGCUCGUGUCAACGCCCAUCAGUCCUCAGUUGGUCAACCAGCAGCUGGUGAUGGCUCAGCUGCUGAACCAGCAGUAUGCAGUGAACAGACUUCUAGCCCAGCAGUCCUUAAACCAACAGUACUUGAACCACCCUCCCCCUGUCAGUAGAUCUAUGAAUAAGCCUUUGGAGCAACAGGUUUCCACCAACACAGAGGUGUCUUCCGAAAUCUACCAGUGGGUACGUGACGAACUGAAACGGGCAGGAAUCUCCCAGGCAGUAUUUGCACGUGUGGCUUUUAACAGAACUCAGGGCUUGCUUUCAGAAAUCCUACGAAAGGAAGAGGACCCCAAGACUGCAUCCCAGUCUUUGCUGGUAAACCUUCGGGCUAUGCAGAAUUUCUUGCAGUUACCGGAAGCUGAGAGAGAUCGAAUUUACCAGGAUGAAAGGGAAAGGAGCUUGAAUGCAGCCUCAGCGAUGGGUCCUGCCCCCCUGAUAAGCACACCGCCCAGCCGCCCUCCCCAGGUGAAAACAGCUACCAUUGCCACUGAGAGGAAUGGGAAACCAGAGAACAAUACCAUGAACAUUAAUGCUUCCAUUUACGACGAGAUUCAGCAGGAAAUGAAGCGCGCUAAAGUUUCCCAAGCUCUGUUUGCAAAGGUGGCAGCAACCAAAAGCCAGGGGUGGCUGUGUGAGCUAUUACGCUGGAAAGAAGAUCCUUCUCCAGAAAACAGGACCCUGUGGGAGAACCUCUCCAUGAUCCGAAGGUUCCUCAGUCUCCCUCAGCCUGAACGCGAUGCCAUUUAUGAACAGGAGAGCAACGCGGUGCAUCACCAUGGCGACCGGCCGCCCCACAUUAUCCACGUGCCCGCAGAGCAGAUUCAGAGCCCCUCUCCCAAGACCCCUGGGAAAGGAGAGUCUAGAGGCGUUUUCUUGCCAGGCCUGCCGACCCCUGCACCGUGGCGUGGUGCUGCUCCGCAGCAGCCGCAGGCGCAGCCGCAGCCGGCGCCGCCCCCCGCGCAGGCGCAGGUGCAGCAGCCUCCGGCCGGGCCCCGGCUACCCCCGCGGCAGCCCACCGUGGCCGCGCCCGCCGAGGCGGAGGACGAGAGCCGGCAGAAGGCGCGGCCGCGGACCAAGAUCUCGGUGGAGGCGCUGGGCAUCCUGCAGAGCUUCAUCCAGGACGUGGGCCUGUACCCGGACGAGGAGGCCAUCCAGACUCUGUCCGCUCAGCUGGACCUGCCCAAGUACACCAUCAUCAAGUUCUUUCAGAACCAGCGGUACUAUCUCAAACAUCACGGCAAGCUGAAGGACAACUCGGGCCUGGAGGUGGACGUGGCCGAGUACAAGGAAGAGGAGUUGCUUAAGGAUUUGGAGGAGAGUGUCCAAGACAAAAAUGCUAACACCCUUUUCUCGGUGAAACUAGAAGACGAGCUGGCGGUGGAAGGGAACACAGACAUUAACGCCGACGUCAAAGACUGAGAUGAAAGUCUUCUUUUCCUCCAUCAGCACCAGUGAAAUUGACUUAACGACACGGAAGGUCCACCCCUGUACUCGCUCAGCAAACCGUGUUGUCCAUUGUUUGGCCAAUGAAUCUUCAGAAACUUGCACAAACAGGAAAAUCGAGAAAGGAUGAUACAGACUGCACUAAGCGUUUUGCUCUUUUACAAACUGCUUGGCAGCCCCAGGUGAAGCAUCGGAUUGUUUGGUAUUAAAAAUGAAAAUUUGUGUUCACGAAACACACCCAGGUGUGUACCCCGUAAGCAUGAUACCAGUGAUUUUUUUUUUUUAAUUAUUAUUCUGGAGCCUCAAACAAGCAUUAUAACUUCUGUGAUUAUUAUUUCCUUCCUUUAAUUAUUUCUGUAACACUUCACACUGAUCUUUGGAAACUCGCCCCUUGUUUUAAAAAGAAAAAAAAAAAAGAGUUUGUUACUCUAUUGUAUGUUACAAAAGAACUAUAGACUGUGGAAUGCAGUUAAAAGAUGACAUAUGCCAACAAAUGCCUUGUAUUAUAUGGCACUGCCGUAAUUCAAAUUUGUUUUUAUUUUGGAAAUAAAAGUUCACUGUAAUUUUUUUUCAUUCUCAUUGUUACAUGAUUUUUUAAAAAAUGAAAAGAAAAUGUGAAACACAGUUUAGUCCUCAUUAUUUAUUUGUAGAUCCUGCAGCAUCAUGUUGUAAUUAAUUUUUUGGAAGUUUCCGUUAAAUGUAAAAUUCCUUCUCUUGUUACCAUACUGAUUCUUUUCUAUUUAUAAAUGUAUUUUGAUGGGCAGUAAAACAAAGUGUCUUAAAAGUUUUAAAUAGAUAAAAUGUGCUUUACACAGUUGCCUAUAAAAAGUGCUCUAUGUUAUCCAAGCAAUUCAUACUAUAAGCUUCACUCUUAUUGUUGUAUGCAAUUUUUACUAUCAUGCAAAUAAGCUUAGGUAAAUAAAACUAAUAGAUCACCUUAGAAAAUUAUG